AUGAAUAAAUAUGAAUAUAUUUGCAUAGCAUUUGUAUUUUUUGCAAUCAUUCAGGCUCAAGUAAUAGCAGAAGUUGAAGUUGUUAAAAUUUUUGUGGCACCUAAGCAAGAAGAUACUACAACAAGUCAUGUAGUUGACAAAGGCUCAAAGAUGGUUGUUACAAAGACCGUCGUAGAAACUGUAGAAGCCACUGGUUCUUCUGCCAGGCUGGUAACUGCGGAUACUAGCAUUACUAUAGGUACAACUCAAACAGCUAGUGCUGAAAUGUGCUCUGGAACUUAUCUGAAUGAGUGCAAUAAUACUUUUGCAUUAGAGAUAUUAGAAGUUCACAAUGAAAAGAGAGCUUUGCAUGGAGCACAGAAGCUUUCAUGGAAUGACACUGUGUAUGAAUACGCUGCUCAGUAUGCAUCCAAAUAUGAUUGCAGUGGGAAGCUUGUUCAUUCUGGUGGCUCAUAUGGUGAGAACCUCGCUAUUGGUUAUACGGUUGUGGGAGGUGCAAAUGCAUGGUACGACGAAGGGGACACUUAUGUCUAUGGAUCAGAGAGUACGUACAAUCACUUUACCGCUAUGAUAUGGAAUAGCACCUAUGCAGUUGGGUGCGCCUAUAAAUACUGCAAUGCAGUAUGGGGAACCUAUAUAAUAUGCUCAUACUAUCCUGCUGGAAAUGUUAUUGGUCAAUGUUCAAAAAAUGUAUUUCCUUUGUUAUAG